AUGACUAAAUUGCAGGACAUUAUACUUGUACUGUCCGUAUCAGCAGUUGCCAGUGCGUUAGUAACUACGCCCAAUGCAGAAACUCGAUCGCAUCAGUUGUCAAAACGUAGUCCUGGUAAAGAUUGGGAAAAAGCUGUCGGACGUGAAUCAAACCACGGCGAUUCAAGUGGACCGGGGCCAUCGAACAACGGUGAUUCAAGUGAACCAGGACCAUCAAACGACGGCAAUAGUGCCAAAAGUAGACUGGAUGAUGCCAAACGUAAAAGGGAAGAUAUAUGCGAUAAAUAUCAUAAAUACAAGAAAGAGUUCGAGCAAGAUAAAGCCGCCUUAAAAUUAGAACAAGAAAACAUGCAUCUUAACUCGUUUGGUAAUGAUUAUUAUGGUAGCAACGGUGACGAAUCAUUUGCGCGCAGACGUAAAAAGUUUUUACAGUUGAAAAAACGAUGCAAGAAUGCAAAGCGACAGGAAAAGGACCUAAGAAAAGAGUUUGAAGAGCAAUCUGGCACUGGAUGGAGGGGCAAACUCGAACGAUUAAAAAAGAUGCUUACCAAACACUAA